AUGCAAAUAGCGAGCGAAGAAACAAAGACACCAGCGCCUGACCACUUCAACUGGUAUUGGCAAACUAUACCACCAACGGGCGCAGAGACUGUUCGAGCAGACAACUUCUUCCUGAAGAGCCAGAAGAGCCAGAACCGUCCGACACUUCUACGCAGUAUCGCCAACUUCAGGGAGGUGCCAGAGUCUGAUGUCCCUGAAGUUGCCUUCGUAGGACGUAGUAACGUUGGCAAGAGCAGUCUCUUGAACGCGAUCGUAGACGCCAACGUGAAAGACUUGCUUGCACGAACAAGUGCAACACGCGGCUUCACUAAGACGAUGAACUUCUACGGCAUAGGUCCGGAAACAGGUGUGUCGCUCAAGAAAGACAAGAACGGUAGAGACAAAAUCGCCGGGCCUGGAUUAGUUAUUGUCGACAUGCCGGGUUACGGCGAAGGAUCGCUGGCAUCAUGGGGUAUUGAGAUCAUGAAGUAUAUCCAAUCACGCAAGCAACUCCGUCGCGUCUUCGUCUUACUUGAUGCCGAACAUGGGAUCAAAGACAAAGAUCGGUCACUCCUCGCGAGCUUACGUCUAGCUGGCGUAAGCCACCAGGUCAUCUUGUCAAAAUUGGACAAGCUGUACAUUCCCCCUGGCAGAUUCGCAACGGAGAAUCAACAUAAGCAGCGCCCAAAUCCGAAGCCGAAAGGCACGUUGGAAGCUGUCAGGAAGAUGAUGGAAGAUUUGAAGCCUAUUAUCAACCCUCCUGUUGGUGGUGGUGCUUUGGGUGAAAUACUCGCCUGUAGUAGCGAGACGAUGGUUGAUAGUAAGAGAUUAGGACUCGACCAUGUCAGGGAUGACUUCAUCUUGAGCUUGGUGCACGUGUACUUGGCGCGCCAAGCGCUCGAGGUUCGCCGCAUCAUCGCGCAGACAGCAGCAACAUUCAUCAACCUUCGACAUCCCAUCAUGGCGCCCCCCAAGGACACCAUGUUCCGCUCGGCGGACAUGUCCUUGACCCAGCUGUACAUCGCCAACGAGAUUGGCCGCGAGGUCGUCUCCGCGCUAGGAGAGCUUGGAACCAUGGAUUUCAGAGACCUCAACUCCGAGACGACCGCCUUUCAGCGCACCUUUACCCAGGAGAUCCGUCGCCUCGAUAAUGUGGAGAGGCAGCUCAGGUACUUCCGCGCCCAGAUGGAGAAAUCGAGCAUCCCGAUGCGAUCCAUCUACGACUUUAACAACCCCUUCACCGCGCCUUCCGCCUCCGAGAUCGACGAGCUGGCGGACAAGAGCCAGAGCCUGGAACAGAGGAUCACGUCGCUGAACGACAGCUACGAGACAUUGAAGAAGCGCGAGGUAGAGCUCACCGAGUGGCGUUGGGUCUUGAGAGAGGCCGGCGGCUUCUUCGACAGGGCUCGCGGCCAGACUGAGGAGAUCCGACAGUCGAUUGACGAUGACGACGAUGCGCCUCUUCUCCGUGAUGUCGAGCAAAACGGACAGGGCGAGUCCGGCGCAGAGCGGUCUUUUACCGUCAUGAACAUUGGCUUUGUCGCCGGUGUAAUCCCCCGUGAGCGCAUGGGAGCCUUUGAGAGGAUCCUGUGGCGUACACUCCGUGGAAACUUGUACAUGAACCAGUCAGAGAUCCCGGAGCCCAUCAUCAACCCUGAGAACAACGAGGAGACCAGCAAGAACGUCUUCAUCAUCUUUGCCCACGGCAAGGAGAUUAUUGCCAAGAUCCGCAAGAUCUCAGAGUCCCUCGGCGCCGACUUGUACAGCGUCGAUGAGAACAGCGAGCUUCGCCGGGACCAGAUCCGUGAGGUCAACACCCGCCUUAGUGACUUGGCCAGCGUCUUGAAGAACACCAAGUCAACUCUGGACGCCGAGUUGACUGCGAUUGGUCGCAACCUUGCCGCCUGGAUGGUCGUCAUCAAGAAAGAGAAGGCCACUUACGAGACUUUGAACAAGUUCUCAUACGACCAUCAGAGGAAGACGCUCAUUGCUGAAGCGUGGGCACCCACCAACGGUCUUGGGCUGAUCAAGUCUACUCUCUCAGACGUCAAUGAACGCGCUGGCCUUUCCGUUCCCACCAUCGUCAACCAGAUCAAGACCACCAAGACCCCUCCCACCUACUUCAAGACGAAUAGGUUCACCCUUGGUUUCCAGACCAUCAUCGACGCCUACGGAACGAUCAAGUACCGUGAAGUCAACCCGGCUCUACCUGCCAUCGUCACAUUCCCCUUCAUGUUCGCUGUCAUGUUUGGUGACGCUGGGCACGGUGUCAUUCUCCUCAUGGCUGCCUCCGCCAUGAUCUACUUCGAGCGCCGCCUCGAGCGUAGCAAGCUUGAUGAGCUGUUCUCUAUGAUGUUCUACGGUCGCUACAUUGUACUCAUGAUGGGUAUCUUCUCCAUCUACACCGGUCUCCUCUACUGCGACGCUUUCUCUCUUGGUCUUCCCUUCUUCAAGUCCAUGUGGGUCUGGGACAAAGACGGCCAGGGCCCUACCUCUACCCGUGUUGAGGGCUACACUUAUCCGUUCGGUCUCGAUUACCGCUGGCACGACACCGAGAACGACUUGUUGUUCUCCAACAGCUACAAGAUGAAGCUCAGUAUUCUUCUUGGUUGGUGCCACAUGACCUUCUCGCUCAUGUGGUCGCUCGUCAACGCUCGUUACUUCAAGACCAAGAUCGACAUCUGGGGCAACUUCGUUCCUGGCAUGAUCUUUUUCCAGUCCAUCUUUGGCUACCUGGCUUUCACCAUUGUGUACAAGUGGAGUAUCGACUGGCCUGCGCGUGGCGAGAGCCCACCCAGUCUGCUGAACAUGUUGAUCUUCAUGUUCUUGCAACCUGGUACACUUGAGCCCGGGUCUUCUCCUCUGUACCCUGGCCAGGCCACACUUCAGGUCAUUUUGCUACUCCUCGCUCUUGUCUGCGUGCCCAUUCUGCUGUUCCUCAAGCCGUUCUACCUUCGCUAUGAGCACAACAAGGCUCGUGGGCUAGGAUACCGUGGUAUUGGCGAGACGAGCCGCGUUAGCGCACUCGACGACGACGAUGAAGAAGACGGCCGUGCCCUCAACGGCGGACGUGACAGCUUCGGGAAUGACGACGAUGGCAUUGCUAUGAUCACACAGGACAUUGGUCACGGCGAGGAGCACGAAGAAUUCGAGUUCAGUGAGGUUAUGAUCCAUCAGGUCAUCCACACCAUCGAAUUCUGUCUCAACUGCGUCUCCCACACCGCAUCCUACCUCCGUCUCUGGGCGCUGUCCCUCGCCCAUCAACGUCUCUCCAUUGUGCUCUGGGAUAUGACCAUGAAGAACGCAUUCAGCUUCACCGGUGUCAAAGGCGCCAUCUUGAUGGUCCCUAUCUUCUACUUUUGGUUCGCGUGCACUGUCGCCGUGCUGUGUGUCAUGGAGGGUACCAGUGCCAUGUUGCAUUCCCUGCGUCUGCACUGGGUCGAAGCAAUGAGCAAGCAUUUCAUCGGUGAUGGUGUGCCGUUCAUGCCAUUCAGCUUCAAGGUCUUGCUGGAAGAGGAACCUGUAGAGUAA